CCGCUCGUUGAACCUUGUUCAGUGCCGCAAAUCCACUCCUCUCUUUCGUCUGUCGUCUCACAAAACCCUAAAAAACCCAAACCCAAACGGAAAGCGAGACAGAGAGAGAGAGUGUUGCAGCAGCGCUUCUCUGGCAUAGUUAAGCCUGAAAUUUUAACGGUCUUUUCCGGAUUUUGACGCCCUUUUUGACCGUUAAUUUUUCAUUGCCGUUGCUCCCCCUGAGAGAGAGAGAGAGAGAGAGAGAGUAAUUCACCUUUUGCUUCACCUGUAAGUUCUCGUGUUUCAGUUUUGAACUUCGACUAUAUCUUCCUGUUACUGCUUUUUUAUGUAUUUGAAGUAACAGUUCACUUAAACUGCCUGCCUGGUAUUUUCAAAAUUGAGAUUUGUUUUAUUCUUUGUUAAGUGUUGGGUUUUGCAAUUCCACGAUCUGUAGGAUAUAUAGAUUACACGAAGAUGGAGGUUCCGGAGGUUACGGUUGGCGUGAGAGAUGUUGGUGGUGGUUGUGUCAGUUCAAGUAGUAAUGGACUAAAGGUACCGGUCAAUGGUGUUGUGAUGGAGAGUGAGAACUUGGGUGAUGACCUUCUUCAGGAUUUGGAUUCUUAUUUGGAUGAUAUUAAUGUUCGGUUGACAAUUUCGAGGAUGGUUGGUGACUCUGUGAUGAAGGGGGUGAUGAAAGCAGUUGAACAAGUGGCGGCAGAGAAAAUUGCUGUGAAGGAAUUGGAGGUGGUGAAACUGAAGGAAGUGUUGCGGUCUUGCCAGGUGGGUGAUGAUAAAAGUGAGUCAUCAGGGUCGCUGGUUGUGUAUCAUGAGCUGAGAAGUGAGGAAAAUGGGUCCUAUGGUAUCUUUUCUGAUGCAUUAGCGGAGCAUGAUAAGAUGAGGGUAUCUUUGGGCAGCUUAAGAAAUGCCGCCAAGGGGCUGAUUAAGAGUCUCAAGAAAGAGAUUGAUAGCAUAAAGGGGUGUAGCUCUAUGAGGAGGAUUAAUUCUGGUUCAGAAUUGCUGGGUUUGGGUGGAAUUUUGCAAGAGAAGGCAUCUGAAAGUUUUGUAGGUGUAGAUAAAACGCUUGAUACUCUGAAAAUGACACUGGAUACCAUGUGCACACAGGUUGAUGAUAUGGUUAAAUUGACCAAGAUGUCACUCCAUGAAUGUUGGCAAGAGCAGGAGUUUCAGGGAGAGAUUGAAGCAAUGGUAAUGCAAAGUUCAGUUAGGAGUCUUCACGAAGAGUUUGAAGGGAAAUUAUGGGAUCAAAAUGCUAUUAUCUGCAGUAGCCAAAGCACAAACUUGGUUGAAAGGAUUAAUGAGGUUUCAAAUUUGAAGAAGGAGUUAGAUGUUAUCUUAAAGUCACUUUCUCAUCCUGAAACAGGGUCUCACGAUAUGGAUCAUUUUAUCCGCAAGGGUUUGAGCAAUCAUGUUUCAUCUUCAACCUCACUUUGGGAGGGAAAUGGUAUAUUUGAGGAGUCUAAAAAUGGUAUGCCUGAGAACUGGGAGGCAGCCCAGUUGAAGCACUUGUCAAAAGACGAGAUUGUGAAUUAUUUUAAUAAUAUGAUAACAACAAUGAAGAGGAACCAUGAAUCUAAGGUGUUACAAAUGAUUGAGGAGUGUUUUAGUCUUAAGCGAGAAUUCUUAAAAGAAAAGGGGUCUUCUUUACCAUUUCGGAAGGAUAAAGACUUGGAUAUAUUGAGAAGGAAGAUCCCAGAGGUCAUCUCAAAAUUGGAUGGCAUCCUUGUGGAAAAUGAAAAACUAUCAACAUUGAGCAACAAUUGUGAAACUAUUGACAGCCUGAAGGACAGACUCAACAGCCUCCUCUUAGAAAAUCGCCAACUCAUGGACUCACUUUCAGAUAAGAGGAAGGAGUUGAAGUGUACAUCAUCACAGCUUUCUGAUGCUACUGAGAAGAUCUUGCAACAUUCUUUGCAGGAGGCAGCCUUGCUGAAGUUGAUAGGAAAUCUUGAAUCUGCUGUGGAGGAUGGAAAGAUACAAGCUACAGUCUCUGAGGAGGUAUAUAAAUGUGUUCUCCGGGAGUUGACUUACCAGGUCAUUCACAAUGCUGAAGAGUUAGAAAUGCAAUCUAUUGUAAUGCAAGAGGUUUAUGAAAUCCUGUAUAAAGAAGCUGUUGAAGGCACUGAAGUUUGUAGCAAGCGGGAAAUUGAUGAUUUUGAUAUCGAGUUCUUAAUCAAGGAAGGGCUCUGUGCAGUUAUUUUCAGGGAUUCUGUCAAGGAUGCUCAGUCACAAAUCAGUGACUUGAGCACUGAUUAUUUACAUGAAAAUGAUAAUCGAGUUUCCCUUGAACUAAAAGUACUUGAAAAAACCAAGGAAUUGGACUUGAUAAAGGGUGAGUUGUCAGAUGCAGUGAAACAAAUAGAAGUAGAUAAAGUUGAAAUAAAGAAUUUAAAAGACCAUGUUGGUAGCCAGGAAGCAAUGUUAGCCAAGGAAAGUGAGGAAUUGGAUUUAGUUAAGCGUCAGUUGGCAGAUGUGAUGGAACAAAUUGAAGUAGGUAAUCAAAAGCUAGAACUGAUGGCAAAUAAGGUAAGUGAAGCUGAUGAACAGAGAAAUAAGCUUCUUGCUGUUAUCCAAGAGAAGCAAAAUGCCAUCUUAUCGCUUGAAGUGAAAGAAAAUGAACUGCAGAAGCAAAUGAAGGUAGCAGUUGAUCUUAUUCUUGGAAUUUCAAGGGCACUUUCUGAUUUUGAAUGUCGAGUGGCUGAGGGCUUCAAGAAGAAUAAUUUGAGGUUGGAGGAAUCUACUCAUCAAUUGAUUUCUCUUAUCCAGAAAACUAGCACACUUAAAAGAACAAAAUUAUUGUACAAACAAAAGCUUGAAAGGAGAUGUGCUGAUCUUCGAACGGCUGAAGCUGAGGUUGAUCUUUUGGGUGAUGAAGUGGAUACACUUUUAAGCCUUCUUGAGAAGAUAUAUAUAGCUCUUGACCAUUACUCACCAAUUUUACGACAUUAUCCAGGGAUUAUUGAGAUCCUGAAGCUUGUCAAAAGAGAAUUAAGUGGAGAAGCUUGUCAAAAGGGAUCAGCUAUUUGACAAGCCCAGCUUUCCUGCAAGUCUCCUGUCCAUCUUUACAGACUGAUGGUAUGAGUCGGUGUUAAAAGUCCGGUGGACCCUAUGCUCUAGAAGAAAAUUGGGGGGGGGGGUGUUCAAAUUACUUGGAAAAGCUUGGCAGAGGUCCCUUGCCGUAGCUUGCUUUUUGGCACAUUGUAUAGAAUUUCUUGUAUUUUUGUUCAAAGCUUAUUAGCAAUGCAGCAGCUCCCCACAGGAUAGUAUCAGUGUUUAUUUCACUUCUACAGCCCUUUCUUACUCCACUUUUACAUAGAUAUAAAUGUAAAUGUUGUUACUAUAGUAAAUAGCAUGGGGUACAUUUCACAUGCCUAUUUGCUUGAUGUGCCCUUAUAUUAUUGUCAUUUUUCUUUGGAUUCA